AUGAUUGUAGUGAAUGCAGACGAGACGACAGAAGCGGAAUCGACAGACAUUUCCACCGAUAGUUCAUCAGAUAUUCCGACCGAAACGACGACCGAAACGACGACCGAAACGACGCCCAAACCAACCGCCAAAACGAAAGCCAAAACGACGACUAAAACGACGCCUAAAACUACUACCAAAACAACGACCAAAACGACGGCCAAAACUACUACCAAAACCACUCCCAAAAAGACUCCCAAAACUACGCCCGAAACGCCGUCCGAUAAACCGCUCAAAUCAAGUGCCGAAGAAGGAGAAGGGGAAGGAGGGAAUAGUAUACUGCAAGCGUCCAUAACUAUUACCAAAACAAUGGCCAAAACGACACCGAAAACGACGUCCAAAAUUCCGUCUGAAACGACUUCCGAAACGCCGUCCGAUAAUACCCUCAAAUCAAGUGCCGAAGAAGCGGAAGCAGACGACGCUAUACUGCAA